AUGAGAGAAAACAUAAAUCUUCAUCAAAGCAGCGAUGAAGUUUUUGAAUUGUCAUCUCAACAACCAUCAACGGAAUGUGGUACGUCAUCUUUACCACGUACAAGUUCAAAAGAUCGUGCAGAAAAGCUUCAUCCCAGGAAGAGGUCAAAAAGGGAAGCUGAUACCAAUGCAGACAAGCUGAAAUAUGAUCAGGAUGAUUCUAUGAUCAUUGUUAGCAACAAAAUUUUAGUGUCAUACAACAAAGAGAAGAAAGAAAACAAAGAGAAGCUGAAAAAAGAGAAGAAAAGUAAAAACGAGAAGCUGAAGAAAAGGAGGCUGAUAGAAAAAAAGACAGCAUAUGGGAAGCCAUGA